AUGGAGGCUGGCUCGGUGGUGCGCGCGGUGUUUGAGUUCCUGCCGAGUGUUUCUGAAGAGCUCCCUCUCUUCGCUGGUGAUGUGGUGGAGGUCCUCAGUGUGGUCGAUGAAUUUUGGCUGCUUGGAAUCAAAGAUGGAAUCACAGGCCAGUUCCCUAGCACAUUUGUGGAGUCAGUCACCAUUCCCAAUACAAAGCCAGGGGAAGAGCUCUAUGUGUGUGUCAGUGACUUCACCUCUGCACAGCCAGGCAGCUUACCACUGAAGAGAGGUGAUGUGGUCGCAGGUGAGAGCAGCACGGACAGCGUGUGGCAGAGGGGUCACGAUGCCUGGGGGUCAAGGGGUCACUUUCCUGUGUCCUGUGUGAGGGAGCUGCAGCUCUCUGGCCGAUCCAGGCAGUUGUCUGCACGCACUGCGGCUGCGCAGGCCUCUGAACUCCCCCCUCACGCCCUGGGCCAGGCUCGUGCCCUCAUGAGCCUCCAUGCCCAGCUGGACGAAGAGCUAGACUUCCGUGAAGGGGACGUUAUCACAAUCGUUGGCCUGCCUGAACCUGGUUGGUUCCAAGGUGAGCUGGAUGGAAGAACGGGCAUUUUUCCUGAAGGGUUUGUAGAGCUGCUUGGGCCCCUCCGUUCACCUCAGGAGCCUGAACUUCAGGACCAGGAGUACCUUAAACACUGUAGGACUGAGGAGGAUGAGGAGGAACAGCAGGAGGAGGAGAGAGAAGAGGAAACAGAGAUGAAAGAGGAAGAGCAAGGUGUAUAUGGAGUUGCAUUAUAUGACUUCAGGGCUCUGGAGCCCGGUGAACUAGACUUCGAUGUUGGGGACAGGAUUCGUAUACUUGGGACAUUGGAGGAUGGUUGGUUGGAGGGACAGCUCGGGGGCAAACAGGGGGUUUUCCCUCAUCGAUUUGUCAAAUUGGAGGGUCAUUUGGUCCCUGAGGCUGAGACUAUAAACAGUGAAACCAUUGUGUCAGAGGGAGAGGUGGAGGAGAGGUUUCCCUCACAGUACAGCUCUGAUCAACAGGACUGUACAGUGCCAGAGCUCAGUGAGGAGUGGCCAAUUCAAGAGGAUCACACAGUGUGGGACCUGGACUUCUUUGAACAAAGGGAGGAUCAGAAGGAGGACAGUGUUAAUAAUACACCCUCUACCACCCAGCCAAAAAAUGGAGAAAUAAGCCAGAUCCAUGGCCAAUCUCAGACCCAGCUAGGAAGUCAGAGUAAGGACCGACCUCCAGCACCAAUGAGUCAGGCCAGCAGAGCGAGCAACUCAACCAGCAGAGCGAUGUACAGAAGCAGCCCAACUCCCCCGAGACCCCAGCUGCCUCCACGACCUAGUCUGCAUGCACUCAGUAAUAGACAGUGUGGCAGCAGCUCCAACUCCUGCUACAGCCAGCCUAAUUUACUCCCUGUAGCUAGCACCAAGUCCAUUAGCCCAGAUACCACAAGUAGACCCUUACCUGGUCCCCUGCCUCGCUCGGCCUGGUCCAGAGACAGAGGUCUUCGUGCCUCCUUCGAUAGCCGGAACCCUUUUCACCGAACUUCAGUUGGUUCUGAGGAGAAGCACCAUCACAAGCUGACUCGUCAUGCCAGCGUCAGUGAAGCUGACCUGCUGCCUAGUAGCCGUGGUGACCGCUGGGCUUUAUCACAUGGGCAGGGCUCUAACAGUGUCUCUAGCUCCGGCGCAGUGGAGGCUUUGGUGGCUUCAGGGGGGGAUCUGGAGGCCAAGCUGUCCCAGCAACUGUUGGAGUUUGAGCAAAGCCUCCCUAGCCGCAGAGAGGAAGUGGCAGGUCGUGUAGGGAGCAACAAGGUGUCUCGCCAUUUCUCCAUCCUUGACUACAGCAGUGAGAGCGACAUCAUAAGAGGCUCCUCCCACUCCCUGCUGGAGCGCCUGUUACCCAUGGUCUCCACCUCUUCCUCCAUUGGCUCCUCUUCCUCAUUGGAGAGACAGAAAACACUACGCCCCCCGCCGCCCCGUCCCAGGGUUCUCCGGUCACAGGGCAGACCCAGCCAACACCCACACCCUGCUCCUACCAAUGGGCGUGCAGCUCCUCGUCCUUAUAAACCUGCCCGCCCAGCUCCCCGCCCACCUCCUCCUUGUCCCCGACCCAUGCAGCCCACAUCAGGCUUCUUUUAUGCUCCUCAGGAUGAAGAACAGGAUGAAGUUGUUGGAGAGAUAGAGGAGGCAGAGGAUGCAUUGGAGAGGGAGGAAGUGAUGGAGGUAGAGAGGGAGAGAGAACAGGAGCAGUACAGAUUGCUCCUCAGGCUGCAGGAGGUGGAGAGGGACAUUGAGAUGUACUCACACACAGCCCAGGAGCUGCACAGCAUGCUUGAAGAGGAGGAGGACGAGACGGCUCGUCAGCAGGCUCUGGAAAACCUGGAAUUCUGCACCUACACUGUGGAGACACUAACACUGGAGCAGCAGCAGCUGGAAGAAAUGACUCUUCUGUCUGCCCAACCAAAGCCUUUGGAGCCGACACCAGUUUCUGCCACCGGUUCUGAGGACCCAGAGCGGAGAAUGCUAGAGAAGAGGUCAAAGGUCAUUGAGGAGCUUCUACAGACAGAGAGGGACUACAUCAAAGACCUGGAGAUGUGUGUCAAAGAGGUCAUCCAGCCACUGCAGAGAAAACAGGUCCAGAAUGUGGACUUUGAUGGUCUCUUUGGCAACAUCAGCUCCGUCAUUGACCUCUCCCAUCGGCUGUAUACAGCACUACAGGACUCUGACUCAGUUGGUAAAGUGUUUGUGGACUUUAAAGCUGAGCUGGAGGAGGUUUAUAAGAUCUACUGCCAGAAUCAUGAUGAUGCCAUCUCUUUGCUGGAAACCUACGAGAAGGAUGCGACUAUCCAGAAACAUGUACUGGAGUGCCUGGAAAAGCUUAGAGCGAUAUACCGUGAGUGGGGGAAGACCAACUACAUAAACCUUGGUUCUUUUCUGAUAAAGCCUGUGCAGAGAGUUAUGCGUUACCCUCUUCUGCUGAUGGAGCUGCUUAAUGCUACACCGGAGUCACACCAUGACAGGAAGGAGCUUAUGGAGGCAGUGCUCUCUGUUAAAGAGAUCAAUGCCAAUAUUAAUGAGUACAAGAGGAGGAAGGACCUGGUGGUGAAGUACCGUAAAGGAGAUGAGGACAGGUUGAUUGACAAAAUCUCCAAGUUGAGUAUGCACUCCAUCAUCAAGAAGUCAAACAGAGUGAGCAGCCAUCUCAAACACCUCACAGGGAUCUCACCCCAGAUCAAAGACGAGGCUUUUGACGAAGCAGAGAAACGUUUCCGACUGCAGGAGCGACUCAUUAAGUCGUUUAUCAGGGACAUCUCUCUGUAUCUACAGCAUAUACGGGAGUCAGCCUCAGUGAAGGUUCUGGCCGCUAUUAGUUUCUGUGAUGUUUACUCCGACCGUCAGUCGUGCCUGGAUCCAGAGGCCUUCCAGAGGGCACACCGCUGUAUCAGUGACAGACAGUUCACUGAAUUUAAGGAGAGAACAGAGGCUCUGGUUAUUACUCCUCUGAAUCAGCUGCUGUCCAUGUUCACUGGACCACACAAGCUCAUACAGAAACGUUUUGACAAGCUACUGGACUAUGACAACUGCAAAGAGCGUGCAGAUCGGCUGAAGGACAAACGUGUGCAGGAGGAGCUUCAGACAGCACGCAACAACUAUGAGGCUCUGAACGCCCAGCUGCUGGACGAACUGCCCAAAUUCCACCGCUCGGCAGAGGAGCUGUUCAUGAGCUGUGUGAGGGGUUUUGCCGAGGCUCAGAGAGACUUCAUCAGACACUCCUUAGGGGAGCUGAAACCUCUAUUACAGCGUGGGAUUGGUGAGACUGAGGGAAACCUGGUGGCCCUCUUCCAGGAGGAGCACAGCCGCGUUCUGCAGCUCCUACAGAGCUUUAGCUUUUUCCCGGAGAAUCUGCCCACCGUGCGCAAGCCCUUUGACAAGAAGACCCUGGAGAAACAGACCCUCAAGAAACACAUUCAAGUCCCACCGAACUGCGUGAAUCAGACAGAUGAACAGCGUGCUGGGCUGCUGGUGCAGUACGGGCCUGAGAAGCUUUACCAGGCUGAGCGAAACUUUAAUGCAGCUCAGGACCUGGAUGUUUCACUGCUAGAAGGGGACCUCGUAGGAGUCAUCAAACAGCAGGACCCGAUGGGUAGCCAGAACCGCUGGCUUAUCGACAAUGGACUCACAAAAGGUUUUGUGUAUAGCUCCUUUUUGAAGCCCUACAAUCCACGUAGGAGCCAAUCAGAUGUCUCCAUUGAGAGCCAGUCAUCCAAUGAAUCAGGUUACGGUGGCUCCUCCCCUGUGUUCUCACGUCAGAACAGCAGCAGUACUUUGACCUUCAACCACGAGACAUCAACUGUGAGCUUCAACCCAGUCCCACCCCCAAACAGCUCAGUAUCACGUUCACCUCAGGACUCUGCCCCCUCCCGCAGAAAUUUUCACAGAGAUGCCUCUUUGCCAAGCUACAAUUCCACCAAUCAGAAAAAUCUUCCAGAUUCUUCUCACAAGAAUUCUUUCAAUCAUAAAGACCUUUCUGACACCGCAAACCAGAAUGCUACCAAUAACAGUGACUACCCAGAGCCUUCACACCAGAAUCCAGCUAAUCACAGAGACUCCAUGAGCUCUGGCCACUCCGCACCAAACAAUCAUAAGGAUCUGUCAGACUCCUCUGAGACGGAUUCUUGUUCUGCCAGAGGGGGCUCCCAUAAGCAUUCUAGACUUGAGUUCUCUCAGAAAUUCAACCACUCACAUGCUGCCUCUGGCCCCCAGCAGAGAUGGAAUGAACAAUUUUCUGGACUGCAGAGGUCUCACCACCUUCCUGAGGAGUACACAGAACGUGAGACGGAACAUGAGACAGAAUGUGAGACAGAUCUGGAUGGCCACCAGAUAUACUACGCCCUGUAUUCAUUCAACGCACGCUGUGCUAAUGAGCUCAGCAUCAUGGCCAACCAGCGGGUCAGGAUCCUAGAGUUCCAGGACAUGAACGGAAACCAAGAGUGGUGGCUGGGGGAGGCCGGAGGUCGUCGAGGUUACGUCCCCUCCAACUACAUUCGCAAGUCUGAGUACACCUGAGACACUACCACAAGGGGGCACUGUAACCCUCCACCACUCAAACCCCAUCAGUUAGGUCAACUAAAGGAGACACACAAGUGACUGAAGAAAACGGUGCCUUAACCUUACGGGAGAUGUGCGGGUGUGUUGAGCUUCGGUAGAGACACGUUUGGGAACUGUUCUUCAUUGCAGCUGAUUGAAAGGGAGCAUUAUUAUACUUGGCUGUAUUUAUAGACUUUUUGCUGUUCUCCUGUUCGGCACAUGGCUACUGCACUGCCAAGCAGGACAGGGAGCAUUGGAGCAGCUCUGUUUGUGACUCUCACAGUUAUGCAGGAAGAGAGUGUGUUUGACUGAGUGAACACUGAGUUUGACUCAUAUACUAGAGUAUCAUGAUAGGACAGAUUAUCUAUGUGCUUAACUACAAGACCCUUGCUGUCAAUAACAAGAGUGAGAACAGUGUUGUUGAAGUGUAUGCGAUGAAGCCUCAAACAUGAAGGAUCUUGAGGCGUGUGUGAGGGAGGCGUGUGUGAGGGAGGCGUGUGUGAGGGAGGCGUGUGUGAGGGAGGCGUGUGUGAGGGAGGCGCGUGUGAGGGAGGCGUGUGUGAGGGAGGCGCGUGUGAGGGAGGCGCGUGUGAGGGAGGUGUGUGUGAUCAGAAACUGCAUUGGGUUUGAAUGGGGUGAAGAAGUGAUGUCCUGCCUUGACAAUCUUUUUAGAGAGACCAAUUGUUGGUUUUUUGAUAGCUGUAAAUCCCACAAACAGCCUUGGUCACAUUGUUUAAAACACACAGGUUUACCUACAGAAAAUUCUGAACAUUAAAGGAGAGUAAUGUUUUUUGAGCCACUGUGCAACAAAGCAGUCCUGUUACCACUGGACACAAUUUGAUUUACCUAAAAAACUAAACAGAACACAUUUCUAACUACAAUAUUUCUAUGUUUUGUUUUUGUUUAUACUUUUUUACUUUCUGAUUGCAUUGUUUCUUCAGUUUCACAAGGCCACCCAGUGCCACAGUGUGAUCUCUCUGUGAUCACAUUCAUCUGUGCUACAGUAUGAUCUCUCUGUGAUCACAUUCAUCUGUGCUACAGUAUGAUCUCUCUGUGAUCACAUUCAUCUGUGCUACAGUAUGAUCUCUCUGUGAUCACAUUCAUCUGUGCUACAGUAUGAUCUCUCUGUGAUCACAUUCAUCUGUGCUACAGUAUGAUCUCUCUGUGAUCACAUUCAUCUGUGCUACAGUAUGAUCUCUCUGUGAUCACAUUCAUCUGUGCCACAGUGUGAUCUCUCUGUGAUCACAUUCAUCUGUCGAGAGUGUGUUUUUGCACUCCUGUGUUAAGUGAUCUGUUUUUGCACUCCUGUGUUAAGUGAUCUG